AUGUACCGCAACCUCUAUGAUACAGACUGCAUCACCUGGUCCCCCCAGGGCCGAGUGUUUCAGGUGGAGUAUGCAAAGCAGGCGGUUUUAUGCUCGCUGAAGAAAAGCCCCUCCAAGCUGGCGGGGUACCAGCAAAAACUUUUUUGUAUCGACGACCACAUUGGCGUUGCAAUCUCGGGCAUCACGGCGGAUGCUAAGGUUCUGUGCGAGAUCAUGAGGAACGCCUGCCUCCAACACAAAUUCACCUACGACACGGAGAAGCCCGCCGCCAGACUUGCUCUUCUUGUGGCUGACAAGUGUCAGAACAACACACAGAGAAGCGGAAAGAGGCCGUAUGGUGUGGGGCUGCUUAUGGCUGCAUGCGACGCCUCGGGUCCCCGCCUCUUUGAAAAUUGUCCUUCUGGCAAUUACUCGGAAUACAACGCCAUUGCCUUCGGUGCGCGAUCGCAAGCCUCGAAGACAUACCUUGAGAGGCACUUUCAGACUUUCCCCUCUGCAACGUUAGACGACCUUCUUCUGCACGCCGCAAAGGCUCUGAAGGCUUCCAUGGCAGCUGACACCGAGCUGACGGCUGAAUGUCUCUGUGUUGGCAUUGUGGGUCGCGGCCAGCCGUGGCGCGAGCUGAACCACGAGGAACUGCAAACACUUGUGGACCGUCUUGCGAGCUCUGAGGCUGGGGGUGAGAGCGCGGAGAUGGUUGUGGACAACCCCGAGUAG